CAUUCGUAAUAUCAAUAAUUAGGCCUAGACAGCGACGUUUGUUCUAAUUCACAUGUAUAGGCUAUGUAUGCGUCUUUAAAGCAUACCGGUUCUCUAUCAAUCAUUUUAGAUUCCUGCUGUACGUGGCGCAAAGAAAACACUAAUCCCAUCCCUAGUGAAAAACGUUACACACGUAGGGAAAUUGUUGGCUAAUUGCUGAAAGUGUAUUCUAUAUAUAAAUGUAUUAUUAAAUGAAAAUGUUACCACCGGUAUUUCUAUUUUCUGUUUGUAGUCUACAUAAAAGCCCUUAGUCUUACUUUGUCCAUUUUGUUGAAACACCCAUACAUGUCCCUUUUUUGCAAAGCCAGACUCCAUUUAAAAACCAGUGAGGUUAAGAUUUGCUUUAAACGCUACGUGCAAAGAGACGCGCUUGAUGAAAUACGUAGCUAUACCUAGGCCUAUUCAGUUAGUGUCUUUCGAUUCUGUAAAACAAUCAUUACAUUUCGGCAUAUGUUUUGUUCACGGAAAAGUACUUAGUUGAAUAGAAAUACAGCUUAAAUUGGGUUUGCUUAUGGUAGGCUGCGACUCACCAAACUGGGUGUAAUAGUCAUAAAAGUUGUGAUUUAUGAUUAAACGAGUGUUGCUUCCUGGAUUACCUCUAUGCCGAAUGAAAUAGUAAACGAUACGAUUCCGAAAAUGUUUCUCAGUUAGUAAUAUGGUCAAUAUUUCCGGAGAGUGUGCAUUAAACUGAGAUUUCUGAAUAGAGUUCUGCCCAGUGCGCCUCCAUGAGAACUGACUGUUAAGUGCGGAGUGUAGUUUGGACUCUGUAGUCAGUCAGCUAUUCAGCUGCAGGGUUUAUUCCCAGUCAAUCUUUUUUUCUCUCACGGUGAUCCGGAGUGUGUGUGGAAGCUGAGACCCGGUUUCUCCUGUCCUACCGCCCUGCAGGAUGCCCACUUCUUUCCCACACAGGCCGUUCCCGCUUUGGCUUUCUCACGCAAUAUCUCCGCCUGUUACAGCAGCCACAUAAGACUGCCAGCAUUAACAAGGGAGUGGAGAAGAGUAAAAAUGAGGUUAUCCCUCUCACAGAAGUCAUCACCAAGAGUAUGUGUCAGCCCAGGGAGGUGCUGGUGGACAUCUUCCAUGAGUAUCCGGAGGACACAGAACAUACCUACGUUCCUUCCUGCGUGGUCCUCAACCGCUGUGGAGGCUGCUGCAGUGACGAAGCAAUGGAGUGUGUACCCACGGAAACCAGCAACGUCACGUUGCAGGUAAUGCGGUUUCGACCAAUGGUUACGCAACAUAUGAUUCACUUAAGUUUCACAGAGCAUCAAAAGUGUGAUUGCAGACUAAAGCCAGAUGUUCAAGCAAAGAAAGAAUACCACUGUGCGCCUUGCUCAGAGAGAAGAAAGCGCUUGUUUGUGCAGGACCCUCUCACCUGUAAAUGUUCCUGCAAAUUCACACAAUUAGACUGCAAGUCCAGGCAACUUGAGUUAAACGAAAGAACUUGCAGAUGUGAUAAACCGAGGAGAUGAGACCAGCAACACUGUUAUGAAGGAAUUAUUUUCUUGGCACAGCACUUUGAAACCCGAGGAUGCAUUCCCUGCAAGGACACGAAACGACAACGCAAGACAGGACAUUCUUGGCGCAGAUCUUGCCACUGUCUGUUUUCUGCCUAAAGAUAUUAAUAUAUGUACAUAUACUAUAAGUACAUCGACAAUGUGUAUUGCUGCUACAUAAAAAAAAACACUAUUUAAAGCAAAACGAAUGCGCCACUUGCGUGUGAAUGGGAAAAGCUUCAGUGGCGUUCUGCUCUUGGGUAGAACUGGUAAAAGAAAUCUGUUAUUUUUAUCUAACACUUCACUGGAUGCCGGUCUGCUGUGGAUAUGAAUAUCUUAAACAUUUCUUUAGUAACAAAAAAAACUGGUGACUAUAACUUCAACGAGCGGUGCAGCAGAAGCCAAACUCACCUCCGAACUCUGACAGAAGAGACAAGGAGGAGACGGAAGGGAGGACGAGGAGGCGGAGGUGGAGGAACGCCGGUUGUACUUGAACAGAACGGCAGGUCCAAGAACUGUUUCCCUCUGUGACAUGAUGUGAAGUUUUUGUCUCCACUGUAUGGAGUGACUCCAGCUGGUGUGAGAGCACACCGGAAAAAUCUCUCAGAGUUUCCUGAAGUGACUGUGGAUGCAGGUUUUGUGGCGUGAUGAUGGAUAAUGUGAAGAUGACCUUUCCUCAUAGAAGGGUUACGUGAUGAUGGCAAGAACUGAACUAAAGCUUAGCUAAUUAAGUUAAGCAAGUACAACAAUUUUAGUCAAUGUUAAAAUUGUGUGGGGUCUAAGGGCAGGACAAGAGUUAGGAGUUUCCAUCAGAUGUCUUUCUUUUUGUGCACAGAGUUUAUUAUUUACAUUUUAAGGUAUUGUGCUCCUUUUAUAAAAUGGCUGUCUGAAGGGAUAUUACUAUAGGUAUAUAUGGAGACAAGAAGUGACAAGCUGAUCACAGAUAGGCACCUCACUGUAGAAAUCCUCAACCUUCCAGUUUUCUUAUUUAAUGGCUUUCUGUGUUCCAAAGAAAUAGUCAGGCAUCCACAACAGAGCAGUUUAUCAUAAACGAUCUGUAUAUACUUACUAGCUAUCCCUUUGUCUAGUACACUACAUCUUAUUUAUAGAAUAUGUUCAGUAUACUGAUAUUUAUAUGCCGUGUUAAGGUUAUUUGUACUCCUCAACUGUUUGCAGUCUCCUAAGAGAUUGAAUGGAGAACACGUAUGACUGUAGACUCUUUUAUUGUGGGGAAAAAGGACUGAAAGACAAUGCUUUGACAUUCCUGAUUUAAACUAAAGCUGUGUUUCUCACCAGCCGGAGGGGGAUCAUGGUGGGCCUGUUGACCGAUAGUAACCCCAGCCACCGACAUGUGUGUGAAUGAAAUGCCAACACAGGUGUUUUUCAUUUUGGACUGGGGUGAUGGACACGUGGUUUUGCACUUGUGGGCCCAAAGGCACAUCAUAUGGAGGACCGAAGGAGUUUCGUUUCUGCUGCUCAGCUCUGACGUAAUUUAGUGAAGACUGUCCGAUCAGACUGAGGCCUCUAGUCUGACGGUGGUAAACUGGCACAGUGUUUUCUCUGACUUUAACCAAGGCACUAACAUAACCUUCUCAUUCCCAAGUAUUACACUGUUGUGUGGCUUAGUAGGAUACUGCCACUUACCAUAAAUCAAACAUUUCCUUUAAUGCUAAACUGUUACCAUAUGAGAAAAAGACCUUCCUCAUUAAUGAGCCAUAAUGGAGAAAAAAUAGAAAGUUGCAAGGUAUAUAUUUAAUAGUGAAUAACAAAGCAACAAGUUUAAGUAAGACAAUGAAUAAAUACUAUACUGAUGAUAUACAUAUAUAUAUAAGAUAACAUAAGUUGAAGUAAGUAAGGUCACUGGAAUACAGUAUAUUAUUUUGAAUAUACUACAGAUUGAUGUCCGGGAGCUGUGCUUUGACAGACAUUAGUCAGUCAAUUAUCUGAUACAGUUUGUCUGGAGGCGGCUGGAUCUCAACAGUACAGAAAAAUUGUUUUGUUCUGACAUUAAUCUCAAUUCUAUGAAUCAUGGCAGUGUGAUGUAGAAUUUGUCUUUUUGUGCUCCUGAGUUAAUAACUAGUUCCUAACAGUUAAUAUGUAUGUCACCAACCAUAACCAAAACAAACCAGAAAAAUGUCAUAAAGUAACACUGUAUUAUGUUAUUAUUAGCUAAAACCUUUAAAUACAGUAUAUACAUGUAACUCAGUCAGAAAUCAAAUUCUUACAUUGACCACUGUUUAUUUCAGCAUGUGCGCACCCAACAGCCAAAGCUGGCCAACAAAGAACAAACAAGGAGUGCUGACACCGCCCAAUGUAAACUGUUUGUCACAGUGAAUGUUGACCGUAUGAAGACGCAUGAAAUAAUUUAUUUUAAGGACAGUUGACUAAUUUGUGGGCACAAAAUAUUCAUUCAAAAUGUGUGAAUUCCUGAUUGUACUACCUGCUAGGCUCGGUACAAUAUGGCCAGGUAUGGUCAAAAGACGGGUGAAGACUAAAAGUCAGUAAUGCUGACUGUAGACUCAGAUUUUAAUCCAUUUUCAAAAGUAUAGGGACACUUUUUUCAUGAAUCCUAACUAUGUAUUAGUGCCAGCUGCAUCACUGCUGUUCAUGUGAACCGACCUUCUGUGCUGCCACCCUCAAACUUUAGGCCUGAGAGUAUGUUCACUGAGAACCGGCUGCUAGUUCAGUACCUAGCCUCUCCAGUCCUCUGAUGAUGACAACAUUCUAUUUGUAUUUAAGACUUUUUCUUGAGUUUGUACAGCCACACAUUUUUAGUAUAUUUUCACAUUAAUAUAUUUAUUGGUGCUGUAAAAUGUUUUACAAUAUUAAUACUCUGUUGUUUUUAGUGUAUUAAAACAUAUUUAUUUUGAAAAUA